AUGACUGUCUAUUCACCAAUUGCCGCUACGUAUGGUGCUCGUUUCGAACAACUUUUGGAAACUGAUAGUGACUAUUCAAAAUAUCACGGUAAAUUGAACAGGAAACUUCAAAAUUUAAGACACCGUUGUAAGUUGAUAACAAAGGAUACAAAGAAGUAUUCAAGCAAGGAAAAGUACUCCAAGAUUACUCCGGAUGACUACGACAAGAAAAACAAACUUUUUGGUGCAUUGGUACUAUUACACGCUGAAAGAGAUUUGGUAUAUACUGAAAUCUUCAAAAUUAGAGGACGUCAAAGAGGCAAAUUAAAGGAUGCUGAGAAAAAAUUGCUAGCUACUAGAUUGAAGAAGGCACUCAAAACUUCCGAAAAUCUUACUUCCUUGACAAAAAAUGAGUCUCAAUGGAUAACCCGUUUACAGUACCUAAUUUAUUCCAAAUUCGUCCGCGUUGAAUAUUUAAUGUAUGGAAAGCAAGCUAAACGUAAGGACAGUGAUACUAUUGUUUCAGAUUUGGCAUUAGCGUUUGCUGCCUUGGACUUUUUGGCGGGAAGGAAAUUUUUAGAACGCGAUCUUGUGGAAUAUUUACGUUCCAAAUACGAACCUACCCUAUCUCACCACACCGAAAAUCGUCUAAGUUCUAGAGAUUUUACAAAUUUCAUCCAACAAUAUGUACAAUCCUCAAGUGAUGACGAAAUCUCCAAAAUUCUAUUCGCUAAUGGUUUUAGUCCUUUCAUAAUGCCCGUUAACAGUUCUAGAUCAAAGGUUCGCAUCCAAUGGCGAGCAUUCAACUGCCAAAUUAAAGACUCUCAUGUUGCCCAACUUCUUGCUGAUGCAAAAUAUAUUCCUCUCUUUAUGAUAUCAAAUGCUAGCAAUAGGUUAAUGAAGUAUGAAGAAGCCCUAUCGGCACAACAGUACCAUAUCUCCCAAAGUCAAUAUGAUGAAGAAGAAGGAGAAGAUGCAGAAAAAAGCCAAGAAAACGAUCAAAUCCUACUGUUCUAUAUCAAAUAUAUGAUCCUAGUCGCUUCAAUUCGUCGUGAUGACCUCUUAUUCAAGAAACUGUGGAGAGAUUGGUCCCUAAUAGGAACAUCAAUGUAUGAAAAACUUACCAAAUACAAGGAAAUUACGCGUAUUGUCAACAACUUACAAAAUUAUCUCAGGGAAAUCGUAGAAUUACCAGGUGUCUACGCUGACGAUGAACUUGUGUUAUAUUUCGAACUAUCAGCACUUUAUUACCAACUUCAUUCGAUUGCAGGAUGCCUAGCUGAAUUAUACCAAACAAAAGGUAGAUAUAUGGAAGCCUUAGCAUUAUACGUUGAUUCAUACAAAAAAUUGGAGGAAAAAUUACAAAAUUGCCCAGAUUUAAAUAAAGCCUCAUUGGCAAUUGGACUAAUAACGAAUGAAAAACUCAAAAAAUUGCAAUCUCUAAUCAGAAACAAUUGGAAAAACGUAGUUGCUUUGGCAGAAUAUGAAGGAACUUCCAAUAAUCAAGAGACUAGAAAUACGGUAGUUGAAAAUAUUGAUCAGCAUCGUAUAUCUCCUUUGAUGAUCAAGUUGGACAACCUAUUUCCUUUGAGACCAACAUUAAAACCAAUUGGCGCGAAACCUACGUUAUUUGACUUGGCUUUUAACUACGUGGAUUAUCCUUCAGAGAAAAUAUCCAGAGAGACGUCACCAAUUGAAACGACCCCUACAGAAGAAAUGAAAACAAGUGAAGAAUCUACAAAGAGACGUGGAUUUUUGGGCUUAUUCGGUCGCUAG